AUGAUGAAGAAGAUUGGGGCCUAUGUGCAGUCAACGCCGACAACGUCUGAGGCUGCUCCUGAUCUGGAACCUGAGACCGAUCAGGAAGUGGCGAAUGCAGGCGAUGUGAAGGUUGAGGUCCCGCCAUGUUACCCGCAGAGUUCGCGGUCAAGGCAGAUGAUGAUCGGGGUGCGUUCCUGCGGCUGGCCUCCAGAGUGUACGCUCGGGUGCAUAGCGGGGAAGAACUCUGGGGAACCCUUGGGAAGGGAAGAAGAACCCGCUGGUAAGAGGAAGCCGCCGCAAAAGACCCUCCAAUGGCUUGGUGGGGUUUGGCAGGAUCAAAAGGAAGAACAUGGUGAAGACGGUCAAAGCAGACGUCAAGGCAGACAGAGGAAGAGGACGCAGCCGCAUCGGCAGCGGAGCCGCGCAGACCCCGACGCUAAGAAAAGGAAGACCCUGAACAGUUCCUUCAUGCCCAGUAGUUGCCAUUUUGAGAACGGAGUGGAAGAGAAAUCAGGGUGCUGA